UUCAUGGAAAAGUUCAAUCGUUUCCAGACGGAGACUUCGGAGUGGUCAAUCCGUCAAUGAAUGUUCAACUGACAGUAAUCACUCCGCCAUUAACCAAGUUUAUCUUGAUUUCUUCAUCAUACUGGGUGGACCGUCUCCGAAGAAAGAUUUACAGCGGUUCAAACCACCGACGUGAUGAAACAGACGAACUAUUGGCCGGCUUGUCAUUAUUCGUCACUCAUUAGACGAAACCAAUGUCCAUUUAUUCAUCUUCUUCGACCUCCAUAAAUUCAUUUUACAGCUCAACUCAUGAAAACUAGAGCUUUGAGCUUUGAAAAAUAUGAAAAUCUUUAACCUUUCAUCCCUGGUAUUACUUCUUCUUUUUUCAAUUGGUAGUGUUCAUGGGUAUGUGAAAUAUAAUACUGCUGGACGAAUUGUCGAUGGAAAAUUGAACGUGCACUUGGUUCCCCACACCCAUGAUGAUGUGGGAUGGUUGAAGACAAUUGAUCAAUACUAUGUUGGAUCAAAUAACAGCAUACAGGGUGCAUGUGUUGAGAAUGUGUUGGAUUCGGUUGUUGAGGCCUUACGUCGAGACCCAAACAGGAAGUUUAUUUAUGUUGAAAUGGCUUUCUUCCAAAGAUGGUGGCUGGAACAAAGCGUGGAGAUUCAAGAAGAAGUAAGAAGGCUCGUCGAUUCAGGCCAGUUGGAAUUUGUAAAUGGUGGCUGGUGUAUGCAUGAUGAAGCAGCUACCCACUACGUAGACAUGAUCGAUCAGACGACUCUUGGUCAUCGUGCGAUAAAGGAUCAAUUUAAUAAAACCCCUCGAGCUGGAUGGCAGAUUGAUCCAUUUGGUCACUCAUCUGUGCAGGCUUACCUGCUUACUGCUGAGAUGGGAUUCGAUUCUGUACAUUUUGCUAGGAUUGAUUACCAGGACCGAGCAAAGCGCAAGGGAGAUAAAUCUCUGGAAGUUAUUUGGCGUGGUUCAAACACUUUUGGUUCCUCAUCUCAGAUUUUCGCCAAUGUUUUUCCUAGUCACUACAGUCCUCCAGAUGGAUUCCAUUUUGAAGUGGAUGAUUCUUUCGAUCCUGUGCAGGAUAACCCGCUUUUGUUCGACUACAAUGUCGAACAACGUGUCAAUGAUUUUGUCAGUGCUGCAAUUGACCAGGCAAAUGUGACCAGAACAGAUCAUAUCAUGUGGACAAUGGGCGAUGAUUUUGAGUAUCAAUAUGCCGAGUCGUGGUUCAAGCAAAUGGAUAAGUUAAUUCACUAUGUUAACAAGGAUGGUCGUGUAAAUGCAUUGUACUCUACUCCCACGAUUUAUACAGAUGCAAAAUAUGCUGCGAAUGAAACUUGGCCACUGAAAAUCCACGACUUUUUCCCAUAUGCAGACUACACAAAUGCUUAUUGGACGGGAUAUUUUACAAGUCGGCCAGCACUAAAACGAUAUGUCCGUUCUUUGAGUGGAUACUAUAUGGCAGUUCGGCAACUUGAGUUCUUGGCUGGAAGGAGAUCAGCGGGACCCAACACUUAUGAACUUGGGAAUGCAUUAGGAAUUGCUCAGCAUCAUGAUGCUGUUAGUGGCACGGCUAAACAACAUACGACGGAUGAUUAUUCCAAACGCUUGGCCAUUGGAGCUUCUGAGGCUGAAGUUGUGGCAAGUUUGUCAUUGUCUUGCCUUCUGAAUUCGAGCUCGAAAGGUCAUUGCCAGACUGCAUCGCCAUUCUCACUGCGCCAGUGUCCUUUGCUUAAUAUAAGCUAUUGUCCACCAACUGAGGAAGAUAUUUCUGAUGGGAAGAGUUUGGUGGUUGUGGCAUACAACUCCCUUGGAUGGAAUCGAACCGAGAUCAUUAAAUUUCCGGUCAACGGAACUGAUUUAGUUGUACAAGAUUCCGUGGGAAAUACAGUUGAGUCACAAUAUAUAGAGAUGGAUAAUGUGACACAAAAUUUGAGAAACUUCUACACAAAGGCCUAUUUGGGGAUGUCACCCGAGCUAUUUCCGAGAUACUGGAUUUUGUUUCAGGUGACUUUGCCUCCUCUUGGUUGGAAUACCUAUUUCAUCUCUAAAUCAGGUAAAAAUGGAAAUGUUGGUACGUCAUCGGCUGGUUUUCAACAAAACGAGACAGUAGAAAUUGGCCCAGGAAACCUGAAACUGUCAUUCUCCUCAACAACUGGACAACUUAAAAGGAUGUUUAAUUCUAGGACUGGGGUUGACAUACCGGUUCAACAAAGCUAUCUAUGGUAUGGUUCAAGCAGUGGGGACACAUUAGAUUCUCAGGCUUCGGGGGCCUACAUCUUUCGGCCUAAUGGAGCCCCGCCUUCUAUUGUUUCUAGAUCGGUUCCAUUUAAAGUUAUCCAAGGGCCUUUAGUUGAUGAGAUUCAUCAGCAAUUCAGUUCAUGGAUUUAUCAGGUAGUCAGACUUUAUAAAGAUAAGGAGCAUGCUGAAGUGGAGUAUACAAUUGGUCCAAUUCCUAUUGAUGAUAGUGUAGGAAAAGAGAUCAUUACACAGAUCACCGCCAAUAUGGCAACAAACAAGGAGUUUUAUACAGACUCCAACGGAAGGGAUUUCUUGAAACGGGUUCGAGAUCAUAGGGAGGAUUGGUCACUUGAAGUUCAUCAACCAGUUGCAGGAAACUAUUAUCCUAUUAAUCUUGGAAUCUACACAAUGGACAAGGAUUCUGAAUUAUCCGUGUUGGUUGAUCGUGCUGCGGGUGGGGCCAGCAUUGAAGAUGGAGAAGUGGAGCUAAUGCUUCAUAGGAGGAUGCUUUCCGAUGAUUCGAGAGGUGUUGGCGAAGCUCUUGAUGAAACCGUCUGUGUUGGAGAUACUUGUGAAGGGCUUAGGGUUCGAGGAAACUAUUAUGUGAGCAUAAACAAAGUGGGUGACGGGGCAGAGUGGCGUCGAACAUUUGGGCAAGAAGUUUAUUCACCCAUAAUUCUUGCAUUCACGCAAGAGAAGAUUGAAGAUUGGAAAGCUUCCCAUAUUGUGAAGACCACAUUCAUGGAUCCAAACUACACCUUGCCUCAAAAUGUUGCCCUCAUUACUCUUCAGGAACUGGAAGAUGGAAGUGUUCUUCUCCGUUUGGCACAUCUCUAUGAGGCCGAAGAAGAUGGGCAGUAUUCUACCUUGGCUAAGGUAGAAUUGAAGAAGAUUUUUGCUGCAAAAACUAUAAAGAGGGUGAAGGAAAUGAGCUUGUCGGCAAACCAGGAGAAGUCACAGAUAAAGAAGAUGAAUUGGAAGGUUGAAGGAGAUAAAAGGGAAGCAGGCCCAGUUCGAGGAAGUCCUCUCGACCCAUCGUCCCUCAUUGUCGAGCUUGGACCCAUGGAGAUUCGAACUUUCCUUUUGGACUUGUAGAAAAUGCCAAACUCUUCAAGAACCAACAAUAGCCUUAACUCUGUUGUAAUGAUUAAUCAUCUUACUUCUAAAUGAUAAUAAUGGAAAAUCCUUCUAAUUUAAAUAUACAUGAAUCUUAAACUUUUUAAACUGU